CAAAUUUCGGGACAACACCACAUCAUCGCAGCCGAGCAGAGCAACCAUGCCGGCGACAAUGUGGGGUCCCGAAGCCUUGACCUUGCGUCAGCGUCAAUGCGAAGCUUCUUCGGAGCGAUCAAAUGACUGACGCUCGCUCUCACACCAGUACAUCCGUUCGGCACAUUGAGAAAGCAGUGAAACACCAGCCCGCACGAUGGCCCCUCCACAAGUCCGCCACGAGGCGCUCCAGGCGACCUUUACUGGAAUCGAAACAACAUAUGACGGCAUACCCGUUCAGCACUUCCGCGGCAUCAAGUACGCGAAUAUCCCCGCACGAUUCGAGCGCGCGACGCCCGUUGAGGGGUUCCAGGGGAGGGAGGUUGAUUGUUCGCGAUAUGGCCCUCGCUGCCCACAAGUCGACAUCGACGUCCGCCACCUCCUCCGCAUCCCCGAAGACUACGAGAUACAGCCCGAGGCCGAGGAUGAAUUCGAGUGUCUGACUAUCGACAUCGCCGCUCCUCCUCCGGGAACCCAUAAUGGUGAUUUGCCCGUGUUGGUUUGGAUUCAUGGCGGGUCGCAGAUUAUGACGUUUUGUUCGGCGGCCUCGGGGAUUUGUGAUCCGACGAGACUCGUUGCGGACUCGAUUAAAGCCGGUCGGCCGAUGAUUUUCGUUUCGAUCAAUUACCGGCUUAAUAUCUUUAGCUUUGGGGAUGGUGCGGAGAAGAAUCUGGCGAUUAAAGAUCAGAGGUUGGGGAUUGACUGGGUGAGGAAGAAUAUUGGUGCUUUUGGAGGGAGUCCGAACAAGCUUACGCUGGCUGGAGAAAGCGCCGGCGCGAUAUAUGUCCAUGCCCAUCUCAUUACCGGUCCACCAGUACAGAGGGCUAUUCUGGCCUCCGGAUCACUAUACUUAUCGUCGCCUUUACCGGUGGAGAGAGGGGAUGGUCUCAUCAAGGCGCUUGAGGCGAAGGUACAACAGGCUGGACAGUCGUCUCUCAGAGAGGCUUCGGUUGCGUCGUUGUUAAAGGCGCUGAAGGAGAGCAAUGUCAACACAAUGUGGAUACAGGAAGAUGAGGAGCUACAAGGCUGGGAGACGCGGAUGGAGCAAGUUGACGAGAUCAUGAUUGGUGAUACUGAGUACGAGUCCGUCAUCUGGCGAAACGGCAUCGAAACCCUCGACGGCCCAACCAUCGCCGCAGCCUUUGAACAAGACAAAACCUGGGGCACGACGCUCCGGAAGAUGUACCACGUCGUCCCGGACCGCCCAACAGCCUGCAAGCUCGGCGCUCUCGACCUCGUAAACGACGCGCGUUACACACUGCCUGUCGAACUCAUUGCCGAAAAGCUCGAGGCCACCGGGAAACCCGUCUACAAGUACAUUGUCGACCAGCCGAACCCGUGGCAAGCAUCCAGCCGCGCGCAUCACGCCGUUGAUCUACUUUUCCUAUUCGGUAGCGUAGAUCUCUCAUUCAAUCCCGCUGCUGAGGCCGUGGGCAGGCAGAUGAGAGAGAACUGGAGCACGUUUGUCACAGGCGUGAAGCCUUGGCGGCUUACAGGGCGCUUUGCGUAUGGGCCUGUGGGUGAGAGUAAGGAGAUUACUCAGGGAGAUUUUGCUUUCCGGAGGAGGGUUGGGCAUCUUAAGGUGCUCAAGGAGGCUGGAAUUGAGGUUUAUCUGCCUAUUGUCUUUGCUUUGACGGCUGGGAAGAUUAGCUUGUUGAAUUAGAUAUGAUUUCAUUAAAUAUAGGUCCAGGUUAUGGCACUUGCUGAAUGUACUAUAUGGCUUCUCUAUAGACACCAAGCCAGAUCUACCUACCACGGAGCGAGAGCGAGGUA